CCCUCCACUGGCUCGGCAUACUGGACGCUGUUGUGACGGCGAGGCGAGCUCUUCUGGCGUAUGCGGGACUGUGACAGCGUUGAAACGGUUAAUAGAGGCAAACCCUCAGAGGAGAGCCGUUCAGCCAUUAGUUGGACUCCUUGACACUUUCUCCUCACCACUUUUCAACGGGGAGGCCUUCUUUACUCGUCAUUGUGGAUGUUUGGUAGACAAAUUGUGGCCAAACUCCCAUCGGAGCAACUUUUGGGGCUUUCAUUCAGAGCGAUCAGUUGUUUUACAAUGCGUUGAAAAACUCGAAGGAAGAGAAGAGGAGCAUCACCAUGACAGAACCAGCGGAGCAGACCGACCACCUGAAAAGUUCGAGCAGCCCGUCAGGUGGGAGCGGCGGCGGCGGCGGCGGCGCCUCCAAGCAUCACCCAGCCGGCAACCGUGCUGCACCGCCGCACAACGGCGACAGAGGGCGCCAGAGGAGCGGCAAACACCACCAGGAUGUCAACACCGACAAGUUGAGGGGGGUGUGUCCCGGAAACGAGUCUCCCAACGCCAGGGACGCACCGCCGCCGCCGUCGGGGGGGCUCCACAUCGACUCGGACACCGGCUUGGUGGUGGACACCCGGUGCCUAGGCAGGAAGCGGCACCGACGCCGCGCUGCCAAAAAGAAGCGCAACUGGAAGCCCUACUACAAACUUUCGUGGGAGGAGCGGAAGGCGCAGGACGAGCGAGAGACUGCCCGGGCGUCCCGCCUGCGCGAGGAGAUGUUCGCCAAGGGGCUGCCGGUGGCUCCCUACAACACCACCCAGUUCCUCAUGGACGAGCACGACCGCGAAGAACCGGAUCUCAACACUGAGGUGCGGCGGCCAGAGGACACGGGCAGCGAGGAGGACCUUUUCGAGCAGGACGACGAGGACGACGAGGACGGGAGUGGAGGCGGCGGCGGCGGCGGCGGCGGGGGAAGCAGUGACGGCAUCGGGAGGCCAGGCAACGCCGGCGGAGAGUUUCUCCAGCGGGACUUUUCCGAGACCUACGAGAUGUACCACGUCGAGAGCCUGCAAAACAUGACCAAGCAGGAGCUGGUGAGGGAGUACCUGGAGCUGGAGAAGUGCAUGUCCCGGCUGGAGGAGGAGAACAACCGGCUGAGGCGUGCCGCCGCCGCCGUGGAGCCCGGCGGCGGCGGUAUGAGCGUGGAGGAGCCCCUGGCGCGCCUCCGGGAGCUGGAGCGGGAGCUGGAGAGACUCAAAGCCCAGAAUACAGAGCUCCUGCUACGGAGCCAGCCCGCCACGGACAAUUAGGGACGGACAGUCAGCAAACUAUUCCCGAGAAGGUCACAAAAACACAGCGACUUUUUCUUAUCUGGACUUUAUAUGUUUUGUUCGGUCAACAUUUGGCCAGAGGUUAAAAAAUAUCGUUACAAAACAGCGUUUUCCUAUCUCGACCUUUUUCUGUGACAUUUGGCCUGAAGUUUAUAAAAAGAGAAAAUGAAAUACAAAAAUAACUUGGUUCACUUUUCAACUCGAUUAUAAAACGGAAUAGUCAACGCAAAUCUACGUUUGCAUGAUUUGUUUUUUGGUUGGGGGUGUUCGAGAUUCCAUAAAAAUAGCCAGAGGCUAAAAAAAGAAAUCACUGUCAUAUGGACUUUGUUCACAUUUUGACUUGUGUUUAAAGAAAAUUUAAAAACAUGUUUUGUAUCUGGACUCUAAAAUGUUGACAUUUGGCCCGAGUUAAAAUAGUCAACGGGCUCGAAGGAAAAAUCGACUUCAUUUUUCCUAUCUGGGCCUUGGUGUUUUUUUACUUGAAGAUUUACAAAAAAAAGGUCAUUACAAAAUGACCUUUUUUACCCCCCAAGACUGUAGUCAAAAUUUCAUGUCAACCGUUUUUUUUUUACUAUUUUAUUUACAACCAUUCUGUUGCAUUUUGUCCACUACAGCAGCAUGAAAGCUGACAGGCAAUCAAGCCAGUCAAGUCCAUUGUUUAACAUUUUAACAGUUUGUGGGUGUGUUAACAACUGUUCAAUAAACAUCUUAAGAAAUAA